UGAGUGACUGCGACUACUGUGGAGCAAUGAGAUUCCAAUAUGAGGGUCCAGCCUUCUGUUGCAGAAAAGGAAAGGUCAAAUUAUUUAUCCCAGAUGUUCCUCAAGAGUUGCAACAGUUGUUUACAAGUCAAGAUGAUGAUGAUGCAAAAUAUUUUAGACAACACAUUCGGUAUUUUAACUCACACUUCUCCUUGACAAGUCUUGGAGUCACCCUUGACCAUCAGGUUAGCAGCGCGACCAGGACUAGGAUAUACACAUUCCAUGCGCAUGGUCAGUUGUAUCACCGUCUAGACCAUUUGGUACCUGCUGGUCAAGGACCUAGGCAUUUGCAGUUGUACAUUUUUGAUACAGAUGACACCUUGGAGCAUAGGGUGAAGUGGUCUCCAGAUCUUGAUAUCAAUCGCAUACGAAAGAUUUUGCGGAUACUAGCCAACAAUCCCUAUGUGGACAUAUUUAAGAGCAUCGGUUUUGUUCCAAACCUGGCAGAGUAUAGGAUUUCUUUAAACACAGAUAUAAAACUGGAUCAGCGAAGGUACAAUGCUCCUACAACUUCUCAGGUGGCUGCGAUGUGGGUUGAAGGGAGUGACCCACAGAACACCUUUGAUAGAAGUGUUAUUGUGUAUGGAAAAGGGGAUCGUCCUGUAUAUAUCAGAGCAUACUAUGGAUGCUAUGAUCCUUUGGCGUAUCCAUUAUUUUUUCCCCGCGGGGAAACAGGAUGGAACCGUUUCAUGCCGUAUGAUGGACUAGCUACUGUUCAAACAAACCGCGAGGAUGACACCGGUGAGGUACCACCUUCUCUUCCUCAGGCCAACGAGGACGACACACAUGAUGAAGGAUGUGAGGUUCCAGCAGAUGACAACGAGAGCCAAGAUGAAGAUGGGGUUGUGGAGUCCAGGAAAUUUGUCAGCGCACACGAGUACUAUUGUUUCAAGCUACAGGUUAGGAAAGCAUCUUGUUCGGUCAUCGCCUUCUCCAGCAGUGGGCUGUUGAUGUGUACAUAAAGAUGGAGACUAUGAGGCUUGAUUUCUAUUGAAAACCUUAGAAUCAGAAGCUCAU